UUCACACAUAUGUAAAUAAUGCAUCGGGUCAUAUUGAUUGAUGAUGUUCGAUUGAGAGUGAAAACUAGCACAGUCACUUGCUGUACAAUAUCUGACUGUGAUUGAAAGUAUUUUAAAAUCAACUCAAAUAUUAAUUGAUAUCUUUUUAUUGAUUCACGCAUGUAUAUGUAUUUUAGUGUGGUAUUUGCCACCUUUACCAGUGGAGUAGGAAGAUGUGCGAAUGCACUUGAGUAAGAUUAUUUAAAUUUACCUUCUAAACAUUUUUGAAGACUUUUUUCCUUUGCAAAAUCACAGUUUGAGAGCGAUUAUUGAUAUACAGCGUAGAUGAAUAUGUGGGUUAAGGCAUAGGUAAUAUCAAAUAUGAAUAGGCAAAUGGAGAAAAAUAAAUAAUUGAAACGCACAAUUGCUUUCAUGCGAAGGGUAGUCGUACAGAGUGGAAGUUCUCCCCUUUUGAAAAUAAUGGUCAGUUUUUACAGAGCAGCCAACGUGUGAAGACGCUUACUUUUCCUCUGCCGUGACUUUGUGAAAAUUAUCCAAAAUGUCGAGCAACACUACAGCUCCUUACGCCCUCCUUGCAGGUGAGAAUCCUGUGUUUUUAGCCUAUGUAACGUGGGCUUGUAUUUUAGGCAUCAAGAUGCUGUUGAUGUCUCCGCUGACAGGAACAUUUCGUGUGAAAAAUGCGGCCUUUGCGAAUCCCGAGGAUUUGCCCAAGCAAACGACGGAGCUCAAAACCGACGAACAGGUGGAAAGAGUUCGUCGUGCGCAUUUAAAUGACAUGGAAAACAUUUUGCCAUUUCUCACCAUCGGACUCAUUUAUGUCCUCACCAACCCUAACCCAAUGAUUGCCAUCAUUUUGUUCAGAGUUGCAGGAACAGUGAGGAUUAUCCACACUAUCAUUUAUGCUAUUUAUCCGAUCCGACAGCCAGCUCGUGCGAUUUGUUUCUUUACUUGCUUUUUUAUUACCAUUUACAUGGCAGUUAUGUGCAUUAUCCGAUUUUGGUUUAUUUAAAGCCAAUAAUAUUGCUAUUAAUUUUCAAAGUUGCUCAAUUGCCACCACAAUUUACUGUUCUGUCAUAUUGCCUAAAUUUUGGCACUCUCAAUAUUAUGAAAUUUCACACGACUGUAAAGUGUAAUAUGUGUUAAAUAGCGUGGCAAAAUAUUAACCGACACAGUUCUUUAAUUGUUUUAUGUACGAAAUAUAAUGUAAAACUAUUUGUGAAAUGUGAGAUAUGGAAUGGGUUACGUGUGCGUAAUUAUGUGAGCUAUCUUGAACUUGAAACAACAUUGCCAUUGAUUUUACAUUAGCAUAGUGGCUCUUUGAUGUGUUUGUAAUGUGUAACGCUUUAGUGGUAUUAUUCAAUACCAAAUGAACUCAUUUGGCUUUCUCCUGGGACUUGUACGUUAGUAUUUUAUUCCCUAAAGAGUAAUGUUACGUAAGAGAAUCACAUUGCAAAAAGAAAGUCAUUUUUGUAAAAUAAAAACAGCUUCUGCUAAAAUUGCAGUGUGUG